GCUCAACAACGUUUUCUUUUAUUACUUAAAAUACGACAGUCAUCAUUGAUAAUUUACGGCCGGACUUUAUACUGAAUACUUACAUUCAUAUCUAUAGAGCACUUGGUAAUAAAUAUCAUCAGUAGAACAGAAUCUGUUGGACUGUUCACAUAAAACGUUUGUGAUAAUGAUUAAAAAAUUAUUGCUGGCACUAUCUGCGCUCUUUGCUGCGUAUUAUCUUAGAAAUUGUUGCAUGCAAAAUGAAACUGAAAUUCCUAAAAUAACAGAACCGAACUGGGGACCACUGGACAGUGUGAAAGAUUCAUCAAUACGGACUUUUAAAAUAGACAUUCCCAAGAACGUAAUCAACGAUCUUAGAGAACGAUUGUCACGGACACGUGAGCCAGUACCAGCACUUGAGAAUGUUGGAUGGACUUACGGACUCUCAAGCAAAUAUUUUAAAAAUAUCAUCGACUACUGGACAAAUAAAUAUGACUGGUACAAACGACAGGAAUUGCUUAAUAAAUAUCCGCAGUUUAUUACGAAUAUUCAAGGACUUGACAUACAUUUUUACCAUGUGAAGCCAAGUAAAUUGCAAAGCAACGGCAAGCAAUUGAAAGUACUUCCACUUCUGCUAGUUCACGGUUGGCCAGGUUCAAUUGUCGAGUUUCAAAAAAUAAUUCCAAUUUUAACGACACCCAGAGCUGGUAAAAAUUUCGUCUUUGAAGUUAUUGCGCCUUCGCUACCUGGCUAUGGAUUUUCUCAGGGUGCUGUCAGACCUCACAUGGGCCACGCACAGAUAGCUGUUGUGCUGAAAAAUUUGAUGACCAGAUUAGGUUUUGAUAAGUUUUAUGCACAAGGAGGUGACUGGGGCAGUGCUAUCGUUUCCGACAUCAGUACUUUGUUUCCUGAAAGAGCUCUUGGUGUACAUAUGAAUAUGUGUGGAGUAAGAACUUCUAAAUCAUUUUUCUGGCUUUUAAUUGGUUCGUAUUUCCCUUCGCUGGUCGUUGAAUCUGAGCACUACUCAAAAGUUUAUCCAUUAUCAGAAAAAUGGUCAAGAUUACUUGAAGAAUCCGGUUACUUUCAUUUACAAACUACUAAACCUGAUACUAUUGGUACUGCUUUAAUGCAAGCGCCAGCUGCUCUAGCAACUUAUAUCCUAGAAAAAUUCAGCACAUGGACAAAUCCCGAGUACAGAUUCCGUGAAGACGGUGGUCUGUUGGAAAAAUAUACGAUGGAUGAAUUACUCGACAAUGUUAUGGUUUACUGGGUCACUGAUUCCAUAACAACCAGCAUGAGACUUUAUGCUGAAAGUUACAGUUCUGAAAAUCAUAAUAAAUACAACUCAUUAACAACAAACGUACCAGCAGCAUGCGCGAAUUUCCUCAACGAAUUAAUUUACACACCAAAGUCAAUAGUAGAAAUGCAGUUUAAAAAUUUAAUUCAGUUCAAUCAUCUCCCUCGUGGUGGACACUUUGCUGCAUUCGAAGAGCCGAAGCUUCUUGCAGAUGACUUUUGGACGUUUGUUGAAAAGGUCGAAAAGUCAUCAGCUGAAUAAAUAAACAGCAAUAAUCAACUGUGCAUAAAUUAAAUAACAAAAAAUAAGUAAUUUAUUUUUUUAAAAAAUCAGAGCCGCUAAAAAAACUCAGUGACAGAGAAAUCGUUUGAUUUCUUUCUGCCGGCUCAGCUUUUUUUAUUUUGGAGGUGGAAGAGAACCUUGCCGAUACUAUUGCCGUCAGUCUGUUUUAUACUUCAUAGUCGCACAAACAUGAGGACAAUCUUAUUGUGACACUUAUUAUUAUAAUUAUUAUUAUUAUUAAAAGAUUUUAAUUUUUAAAAAAACAAUGACUAUUUUUAUUUAUUUAUAAAUAUGAAUAAUAAAUAUACUUAAUAACUAGUUUAUAAAACAGUGAAAAUAAAUAAUAUGAUAAUCGUUGAAGCUGAUGUAUAUUCAACACAACCAAGUACAUCAUCCAGCUUCAGCAGUUGCUGUAUUGUGUUGUAUUGAUGAUGCUGCUGAUGGAGAUGGUAGUUGGUUGUAAAUGUGCAGAUGUAUGUGAGCGUUUAAGUCCUUUAGUCAUUUCUCUUUUUAUUCCCUUUUUCUUUUUGCUCUCGAACAUUCUUCAGCCUCGCUGGUCCAGGUCAGUCGAGAUCCAGGUUUAAGAAGACGCUUUUGUAUCUACAGUAUUGCGAUUACCGUUAAAGUUUAUAAUUAAGAUUGAAAAGCUGUGAAAUAUGCGUCUUAAAAACCCGUUGCCACAGCGAGGAAUCUACAAAGUAAGAGUAAGAGGUAGAGGUAGAGGUAGAGUAUGACUAGGAUUUUAAAUCUAAAGCUGCUUGUCUACCUGUAAGAAAGUCGUAGUAUUUUAAAUACUUAUUGUUCAUUCACUGUAAAGUCUGGUUUGUUGAUGUUGAUGUAGGGGUAGAGGUAGAGGUAGAAGAAGAGGUAGUGUGGGUGUAAAGUAGAGUAUUAUCAUUGGUUACUACUACGUUGAAG